GCUCCGGAUGUUCCGCAACCCGGGCGGCUCACGGGUGAAGGAUCCCGGGGCCUACGACUGUGCUCCGGAGCGGGAGGCGCCAGCUGGCUGUAGAGAGGCCGGGUUGAGAUCCUGGAGGCGCGCGGGGGUGGGCGCUGCAGCCGCGGGUUGUUUAUCUGGAGUACGGAGGGGAGGGGGGAGCCUGGAAACCGCCCCGUGUCCCAUUUCCUCCUCUUGUUUUCGCUCCGGAUUCUCCAUGUUGGACCCAAACUGAGGAGCCCGGAGCUGCCGCCGGGGGAUCGGGGCCGGGGGCAAGCGGGGGAGCCGUUGCCCGGGCCUCCCGCUCUCCGUACAGGCCGCCUCCCUUCCCGGCCCAGGGGAGGAACAAGAGCAGCGAUGUGAACAGCAGUGGGAGUCGGAGUCUCGGAAGACGGAGCCGGAGCCGGAGCGGGCCCCCGCCCAGGCCCCCCAGCCCAGCCCAGCCCAGCCUGCGCCCGCGCGUCCUCCCGCCCAGCCAGCCCGGGCCCGCGGGAUUGUUAGAUGGAACACGGCUCCAUCAUCACCCAGGCGCGGAGGGAAGACGCCCUGGUGCUCACCAAGCAAGGCCUGGUCUCCAAGUCCUCUCCUAAGAAGCCUCGUGGACGUAACAUCUUCAAGGCCCUUUUCUGCUGUUUUCGCACCCAGCAUGUUGGCCAGUCAAGCUCCUCCACUGAGCUCUCCGCAUACAAGGAGGAAGCCAACACCAUUGCCAAGUCGGAUCUGCUCCAGUGUCUCCAGUACCAGUUUUAUCAGAUUCCAGGGACCUGUCUGCUCCCGGAGGUGACAGAGGAAGAUCAAGGAAGAAUCUGCGUGGUCAUUGACUUGGAUGAAACCCUUGUGCAUAGCUCCUUUAAGCCAAUCAACAACGCUGACUUCAUAGUGCCUGUAGAGAUCGAAGGGACCACUCACCAGGUGUACGUGCUCAAGAGGCCUUAUGUGGAUGAGUUCCUGAGACGAAUGGGGGAACUCUUUGAAUGUGUUCUCUUCACUGCCAGCCUAGCCAAGUAUGCUGACCCUGUGACGGAUCUGCUGGACAGGUGUGGGGUAUUCCGGGCCCGCCUGUUCCGUGAGUCCUGUGUGUUCCACCAGGGCUGCUAUGUCAAGGACCUCAGCCGCCUGGGAAGGGACCUGAGGAAAACCCUCAUUCUGGACAACUCACCUGCUUCUUACAUCUUCCACCCAGAGAAUGCAGUGCCUGUGCAGUCUUGGUUUGAUGACAUGGCAGACACUGAGUUGCUGAACCUGAUCCCAAUCUUCGAGGAGCUGAGCGCAGCAGAGGAUGUCUACACCAGCCUUGGGCAGCUGCGGGCCCCUUAGCCUUCCCUGCUGCCAAGCAAUGGCCAUCCCAGUAGGGGACUUUCCUACACUGUGCCUUUAUGAUCAGCCUGACAGAGCAGAAUCUGGAGCAUCUCACCAAAUGAGACCUGGAAAUAGAAGUGAUUGGAAAGAGCUUUAGGACAGGUUAGAUGCUGAGUGGGCAGAUAUCAGACCAGCGAUACCCAGAGCUGCCUGCUCCCUGAGUUGGGUUCCCAAGAUGUGAGUAAGUGUGUGUAUUUGUGUGUGUGUGUGUGUGUAUGAGUGUGUCUUGCCUUGAACUGUGGCCCCGGGAUGAAAGUGUUUCAGGUUGGGGGAGAAAGUGAAUGAUCAAGACUCUCCCCAA